AAAGAGAAAGCUGAAGGGAGUCCUGUAAUGGCGACGGGUUUGUCAGAUAAUUUGAAGCAUCCUACCAUGGUUUGGGAAGUUAAGACUAAUCAGAUGCCUAAUGCAGUGCAGAAACUCCUGUUAGUGGUGGACAAGAGAACUUCAAGGAUGAACGAAUCAUUGGAAUUACUGAAGUGUAAUGAGAACCUCCCAUCUUCUCCUGGAUAUGCAUCUUGUGAUGAGCACAUGGAGCUUGAUGAUCUUCCUGAACUGCAGGCUGUUCACACUGAUUCUACCCCACCUGCACUUUUCCAGCUGAGUGCUGAUGUCUCGCAUCAGGAAUAUUCAAUGCCUUCAUGGAACCAGCAUACCUCAAGCAGCAGUUCAGAAAAUGCUUAUACUUGUGAGAAUGGAGUGAACUGGUUGACAGAAUUGGCAAACAUAGCUACUAGUCCACAGAGUCCUCUAAUGCAGUGCUCUUUUUAUAACAGAUCAUCUCCUGUUCAUCUAAUAGCUACAAGCAAAAGUUUACAUUCCUAUGCACGUCCUCCACCAGAAUCCUCUCAUAGUGACUCUGGUUUUCCUAAGCAUCACAUUGAUGAAACACCUGUCAGACAUGAAAGGACAAAUAGUGAAUCAGAGUCUGGAAUUUUCUGUAUGUCAUCCCUGUCAGACGAUGAUGAUCUAGGAUGGUGCCACUCCUGGCCUCCAACUGUUUGGCAUUGUUUCCUUAAAGGAACACGUUUAUGCUUUCAUAAAGGACGCAACAAGGAAUGGGAGGAUGCUGAAGAUUUUGCUAGGUCCACAGCCUGUAAAAAUGAAAUGGAUGAUUCAGUGAGUACCGGUACUUACAAAGGAUAUGGUUCUGAUGGUUUGAAGUUGAUAUCACAUGAAGAAAGUGUUUCAUUUGGCGAGUCAGUUCUAAAUUUGACUUUUGAUCCUGGCACAGUGACAGAAGGCUUGCUUACUGUAGAGUGUAGACUAGAUCAUCCUUUCUAUGUUAAAAACAAAGGUUGGUCAUCUUUUUAUCCAAGCCUGACUGUGGUUCAGCAUGGAAUUCCAUGUUGUGAAAUGCACAUUGGAGAUACAUGUCUACCUCCAGGACACCCUGAUGCCAUUAAUUUCGAUGAUUCGGGUGUGUUUGAUACAUUCAAAAGUUAUGAUUUUACACCGAUGGAUUCCUCUGCGGUUUAUGUGCUAAGUAGUAUGGCUCGCCAACGCCGUGCUUCUUUAUCUUGUGGAGGAUCAGGAAGCCAAGACUUUGAAAGAUCAGAAUGCAGUACAAACUGUGGACCUGCUCAGUCAUCACAGAUUUCACCCAGUUCUUUGUAUAGUAAAGCCAGCAAAAGCCACAGCUCAGGGACUGCAAGUACUGUGAAUGCAACUUCUCCCAACAAAUGCAAAAGACCAAUGAAUGCCUUCAUGCUUUUUGCCAAAAAGUACAGAGUAGAAUAUACUCAGAUGUAUCCAGGGAAAGAUAACAGAGCCAUAAGUGUGAUACUUGGUGACAGGUGGAAAAAAAUGAAAAAUGAAGAAAGGCGGAUGUACACAUUAGAAGCCAAGGCCUUGGCUGAAGAACAAAAACGUUUAAAUCCCGACUGCUGGAAACGGAAACGAACAAAUUCAGGUUCACAAUAACAUUAGAUCUGAAUUCUUCUACAAAUUCAUAGUGGAAGAAGACUUGAUGAUCAAGAAUUCACGAUUUGUUGUGAAGGUGUGACCAUAAAAUACUGGCAGCAUUGAGGUUUUAGGAAUGAGAAUUUGCUUAUUACAGUAGAGCAUUAAGAAAGCUAAAAACUUAUCAGCAUUUUAAAACCAAAUUGCCUUAUUUUUCUUCCAAACUACAUAUAUGUCUAUCAGGUGUAAUAGGCUUGAAAAUGGAUAUCCUGUGGUGCUAAAGAAUAGUAGGAAGAGGAGCUUUGUAUAAAUGUUUAUUUUUAAGAAAAAUGCAAAAAAGGGGAAUUUUAAAUAUGUAACCUGUUUAUACAUUGAUUCUUAUUGCUGAUUAAUAUGUAUUGCACAAACUAUGUAAUUAACUACAAAUCUGGGAGCUGGGAUUUUCUGACAUAAUAUAUGAACUUCUCAUUUGCCCAGUGCCAACAAGUUACCAGAAUGUGUGGCAAAGUGGAUAGGAAGUGUAUAUACUAUAUGUAGCAAAAUUGUUAUCUUUUUGGGAAGAUAACACAUUUUUAAAUUAUUUGAGGUGUGAUCUCUUCCCAGUGAGAAUAAAAAGGAUUGCAGAAUUGCCAGGGCUGUUGAUAAGGGCCCAGGAUUAAAUUCAUUACUUGCAUUGCAUUAUCCCAAAAGAAUGGUGCUUCUGUGGUGUCACCAUUUUAUUCUUAAAGGGUUUUUUUUUGCUGGGGGGGGGGUGGAGUUCCUAUGCUGCAUAUUUUAAAGAUUUUAUUUUGCCAUAAGACAUCUUUUAUGGUGGGGACAAACUUUGCACUUACUGUAGGUGCAACAUUUGCACUUUACUGUUUCCCCUCCAUCUAUCUAAAAGUAGAGCAAAUAUGUUAGAUUUAUGGCUACUUUUGCUGUGAACAUUACAACAUAGCUUUUAAUGUUACUAAAUAAAGAGUGUGUUUCUGUUUAAGAAUCACAACAAUAAAUUUCAGCACCUGACAUGUCUUUGAUGUUGCACACUAUAUUCAUGUAUUUCAAAUAAAUUUGUAAAAUAUAUUGUCUACUAUUAUGUUCAUAAAAUUUGUAUCAAAUGAGUUGUGACUAAAUGCCAUUACCCAUCUAUAGGAUUGCUACAUAGGAAGAGCACUUAAGAAUGCGUAGGAUUUUUAAUUAAGUAGAUUUCCACUCAGAAUAUAACAUGAGUUUAACAUUGUUACUUCAAUGUACAUGGAAUAAAGAAUUAUGUAAUAUGAAACAUGCUACUUUAAAGCUCAAGGAUUGUUGCCAAGAAGUAAAUGUGUAUUGUAUAACACAAAAGGUUUUUCUUGUGGUCAACUUAGAAGCUCUAUACAUGAAAAUCUUGUUUCAGUGUCCCCAGGGAAAAGAGCCUUUUUGUGAUACAAAAUGCUUUGGUUUCUAAAUUAAAAAGUGACAGCAUUUAAAAGUUUUUUAUUAUAUAUGGAAAGCUGAAGACUGCAUAGUGCAUUUGAUUUUCAGACAUUUAAGUAUUGAUGUCUUAUAGGUUUUGCAGAAGUCAAAUGCUGUUUAUAUUAAUUCAAAGUAUUACCCUACCAGUGCAAAUUAAAUACGUCAGAGGAGUUCCCAUACCUUCCAAAGAACAUUUUACUGAAGAGUAGACAGGGCCUUCUGUAGCAGUUGUACCAUUAUGGGAUAGACUGGAGCAAAUUCCUUUCCUUCUCUACUUCUUACUGACUGAACAUAAGCUUCCAGUGCACCUCUGUUUAAAGGAAAAAACACACCCAUUAGAAUCGGAAGUGUUUGCUAUGUGAGCUUCUAACAAGAAACUAUAUGGAUCACUCUUUCAAUUUUGCACAUGUUAUUUUGUAAGUCCAUUCCAGCCCAUUUCCACAUUAAGCUGUGAUUUCUGAAAGAAAUGAAUCUAUGAAAAAAUUGUAUUUAAAAAACUUACUUGAUUACAAAACACAUGUUAAUACAGUAUUUUUUCUCAAUACAUGGAUUUGUAAACAACUUUUAUCAUGCAAAACUAUAGAAAAAUUCAGAAAGAUGCAAAACCUAAAAGAUAAUUACAGUAUAUUCUCAGCCAUAUUAUGGUAGAAGGUGUGAACUGGAUCAGCUCACUUAAAACUGCAGCUAGAACACAAUUUGGUCUGUAACCACCAGGAUGCCACUAAUGAGGGGACUGAACCUAUGACCACCAUAGGUUUUGCAACUGAAAAGGAUUACAGCUAUGGUAUGAGAACUAAGGGCUUGUGAGGAAGGGCUGCAUAAGUGGGUAAUGCUGUGCCUUCCCUACACUGACAGCAUACUGUACUGUUUCAGAUACUACGCAGCACAAAUAGAGGCACUUGUGCUCCCAGUACAAAAUUGUCCAUAGAUGACUAUGUAACUUUAUGGUCUUUGCUGCUAUAGUGAAGAAUUAAUCAACCAAUUUUGUGGACAUGGAACUAAAAAAGAUAAUGAAAAGAAAAGCAAGAAAUCCAAAGGAGAUAGGAGGCCGUUGUGGCAACUGUUUAAGCAAGCAGUUAUUCUGUAUAUAACACACUAGUAUGAGCCUCUGUUCUUUUAAUCCAAAUGAUUACAAAAACUAUUGUGCACAAAAACAAACUGAGCAGAGCCAAGACCCCUGGCAGAAGUCAGAAAGUGCAGUAUGUAAGAGAAGUCAUUUCAAACAGCAUUAGAGCCUACUCGGACAAAUCAUAAUAGCAAACUAGCAAGACAAUAAUCAUUUUAUGAACUGAAGAUAUUUUAGUUUGCUUUUGCUAUCUGUCAAUCCUGUAAUGUACAAUAUACUGAGUAGGUUCAUGUACAGUGGUAUCUCGACUUACGAAUGACUCGACGUACGAAUGCUUCAAGUUAUGAAUGGAGCUCCAUCCGCCCUUUUGGAUGCUGCACGAAUAGGAUUUUUUCGACUUACGAAUUCCCCCCCCAUAGGCUUCUACUUACGAUUUUUUCGACUUACAAAGGUCCGUUCGGAACGGAUUAAAUUCGUAAGUCGAGGUACCACUGUAUAGGCAAACAGUCUAGGAAAAGUUACAGGUAGGUAGCCGUGUUGGUCUGAUGU